AUGCCUGGCAAUUUACAGGGCUACUACGGCUCUCUGAAUCACAACGUCAAAGGCAUCUACCAACGAUACAUGACUUGGUUCGACAGCAACCCCGUCAAUCUCUGGAAACCUCCCCCCGUGGAAGAAGGUAUCCGAUAUGUUUCUUGUAUGGGUGGCACUGACCAGACAGUGAGCUUGGCGGAGGAUUUUAGUUCCAAGGGUGAUUUACGCUUCGCUGCUACACUGCUAGGGCAUGUCAUUGCUGCGGGCCCUAAACACGUCGAAGCACGCAAGCUACUUGCUUCCGUCUUUACGAAGCUUGGAUAUGGUUGUUUGAAUGGGACUUGGAGGAACUUUUACCUUACUGGAGCUCAGGAUUUGCAGAAAACGUACUCUGAGAAUCCACCGUCCGCCGUAGUCACACCGUCAUUGAGUCCACUCCUCACCCUGGUACAGUGGUUCUCUGGGCUCUCUGUUCAGAUUGAUGGGCCGCAGGCUGCCAAAGAAUCGUUGUUGAUUGAUAUCGAGGUCACAGACGAAAAGGAGACGUGGAGGCUCAUUCUGAGCAACGGGGCUUUGUCUUAUAGAUUGUUAUCUGACAAGGCCGGCGCGUUGGAGAAGGUCGUAUUGCAAUUGAAGCUUACCAAGGCUGAGCUACGGCAGCUUAUUCAGGGUGAGAUUGACGCUGAGUCUCGGACAGUUGCAGGAGAUCCAAAGUUGUUCCAAACACUAUUGCAGUUCUUCCCAUGGGGAGCUCAGGCGGGGGUAUAA